AUGGGCUGCUGGCUGUCUGGACCAUGGAUGGGUGACCAAACGAUGAGUGGGCGGAGUCUAGCACACCUGAGCCAACGAGAUGCUCUGCGGAUUCUGGCGGCCAGUCAGCGUCCAAUCACCAUGCAGAUCAAGGGCCAGAGGGGGCGAGGCAGCGAGGCGGACAUGGGAUCCUGGGAGCCUCUUCCCCUCAACCUACAGCAUCUCAACUUACCCCUCCCACUUAUGGGGGCGGGGCUUAAUGCAUCAAGCCCCUCCUACCAAGACAGACAUUACUACAACCAUCUGUCUCUGCCACAAGAUCACUGUGAUGGAGGACGGUACAGCUACCUGUCCAACUCCCCGCGGGACACUGUGGACAUCGGCCACCAGAACUGCCUGAUGGGAUGCUGCAAUGCAAACCUAGAAGAAACAAACGCUUGCCACAGUCAGACUGAUGACGAGGACUUCAUGCUGGAGAAGCCGCUGGGAUUCCUGCCCCUGCACCACGAGCUGGACAGCGGCCUGGGCUGGACCGACGGCUCCCUACACCAGGGCGACCUCUCAGGGCUGGAGACUGAGGAGGGGGGCCUGGAGGACUGCCAUUCCCACGGGCCCCUGGCCCCGCCGGGAUGCGGGGGGUUCGGCGGUGGCGGAUCUCCCUCCUCCGAAUCCUUCAUUUCGUCGGAGCUCAGCGACUCGGGCUUCUACAGCGUGAGCACGGGGGAGUUCAGGCACUUCCAGAGGCUUCUGGAGAAGAGAAUGCGUCUGUACAACGCCCGGCUGCAGCAUCAAGGCGAACAAUGCGAGAGGCGCGAGCGGCGCGACAGCUGCCCCAAGAGCCACCGUGAGCUGCUGGAGGCCAUUCCCGAGGCGCUGACCAUGCAGCCGCAGUGCCAGCGGCUGCAGCUCGGAUGGAAGACGACGCUGGACACCUGA